ACCUCCUCCUCCUUCUGUCUUGACACCAACACUUCUUCCACCCACACCCCCAAGCCUCUGGAAUAUCCCUUAUCUGAGUGUUGUGCAGGUUUUGCACUUCCCAGGACCCGAGUCCAUAGGGUCAGAGGCUCUAAGGGAUUUGUAAACUUGUGAUUAAGAUCAAGAACCUCUGCUUGGUAUUUUUAGGUCUAAUUGUCCUUGCAGGAUUACAACAGAAACCCGACAUGCCUCUGAGAACACCUGCCCUCCUAAACAAGCGGAAAAAGCCCUCCAAGAUCAUCACUGACCUAUCGCAUAUCUCUCAGAAUGAAUAUGAGUCAGAACCAGAGGCAUCGGAAUUCGACCUGGGAACAAAGAUUAGGACUCCCAAAGACAUCAUGCUGGAGGAGCUUUCCCUGAUGAAUAACAAAGGCUCAAAGAUGUUCAGGAUGAGGCAGAAGAGAGUCGAUAGGUUUAUCUACGAGAACAACCCCGAUAUCUUCAGCAGUGAGUCGAUGGACAGCCUCCAGAAGUUUGUUCCCUCUCUAGGAGGUCAAAUGGGAGGUCAGACAAUAAAUGUCGGAGGGCAUCAUGUUAGUAAAGAGCAUGGACAUAUGUAUUUAGGAGUAAUACCUGUGGGAGGGGCCCCUGUACCUCCCCCAAAACCUGGAAGUAAAGGUGUUGGAGCUGGAGGAGCAGGCAGUGGGUUUGGAACUGACGGUGCAGGUGGACAGGGUCGGGGAGAAAGCCUGGGAAAUGGACAGGGGGCUGGCGAGUGGUCUUCACAAAAAGCGGGGGGAAAAGCUGGUGAAUCCAAGAAGCAGUUUGUUGUGAAAACGUAUAUCUCACCAUGGGAGAAGGCCAUGAAGGGUGAUGAGAAUCUGCUAGCUACCCUAAAACCAAUGAUGCCUGGUCCUAUUGACUAUAAGGAUUUGCCCAAGUACAAGUGCUUUAACAGGGCUGCUAUGCCUUUUGGGGGCUUUGAGAAGGCAAAUCAGUUCAUGAAAUUCCAGAUGCCAGAAGCCCAGGCGACCAAAGAGGAGCCUGAACCUUCGGUGGUGUACCAACAUGACAUCGGCUGCCGACCUUCUUUCAACCGUACUCCUAUUGGUUGGGUGGGAAGCAAUGAGCCCAGUAGCAUUCACAUGGAGACCAAUGCUGUGCCAUUUGAUGGAGAGACAGACGAGCUGUAAAAACAUAUCAGUCCUGUGAUUAUACUCAAUGUACACAAAUAUAUGCUAGCAUGACUGUAUGUAGUCCUCUAAACAUGCAUACACAUGAUGGAUAGGUUGACAUUUUUUGUGGUACUGAUACAUCUAAAAGUCUUAGUGAUGGUAACUGAAAGUGUACAUGAGUUUUGACAAAGCUCAACAUGGUGUAAAAAUAAAAACAGAAUGGGAAAGGAAGAAGCAGCAGAUAUUACACUGAAACAGAACGUUUUUGUUUAGUCACAGCUUUGGUUUAUGAGAUAUACUUAAAUGUGAUAAAGAAAGUUAUGGCUUUUGUCAAUAAGGAAAAUAAUAAAUUAUGCAUGAAAAUUAGAAAUUUAA